AUUGUGCCGGCCAUAAAAUGAUAACGUUUUAGUGCUUUGGAGGCUCUCAUCCAAGACUCUGUACGAGUGUGCGUUAAAAAACAAAGAGGCCUCAAAUUAAGCAUCACAUAUAAGCUUCGAUAAUCCAGAAUCAAGAAUCUAAAUCAAGAAAAACAAUGCGGGAUCAAGUAUCAGCAGAGACUCCGGUAGGAGCUCCGGCUCGUAUUGUAUGGGAUGCUUACCGUGGAGUUGAACUUGGAAGACUUGUUGAUGAGCUACUAGGCGAUGUUCUUGGUAAAGUGGAAGUUGUAGAAGGUGAUGGAGGGGUGGGGACUAUAAUGAAACUUACAUUUCCUCCUGGAACACCCGGAACUGGUUACAUGAAGGAAAUAUUCACAAAGAUGGACGAUGAUAAGCGCGUGAAAGAAACAGAAAUCAUCGAAGGAGGCUACAAAGAUCUUGGGUUUGAUCAUGUUCGUAUUCGCUUGGAGAUCAUUGAGAAGGAUGAUGAUGAUGCUGCUGGUGAAUCGAGUAUAAUCAGAUCCACAAUAGAGUAUGAGAUGGAUGAGACCAAACCCGAGCUUGCUUCUUUUGUCUCUACCAAGCAACUUGAGAUUAUGGCUGAAACCAUUGCGAAGUAUCUCACCCACAACAAGUCCACUACCACAUAAAGCAACUUAGAAAAAAGAAUUUUUAUUUAUUAUUUAUGAUGCUAAAACUUUAAAAGGUAUGGACGAGAAUUAAUGUCGACAUAUUUUUAGUCCAUAGAAUUAUUUUUUCUUUA